AUGGCUACCCAGAAGGACCCAGACCAGAGCCCAAAGAAGCGCCACCCAGAGAACAAGUUGAAGGAGCCGAAGAGCAGCCUCGAGGAAGAGGAGAAGGGAAUAGAGGGUAACAAAGGCAUGGAUGAGGAGAAAGAGGAGGACAGUGAGGAUGAGAUAGAUGAGGAGGAGGAUGGUGAUGACAGCCACAAGGAGGAGGGGGAUCAUGUGGGAGAGGAGGAGAAAGAAGGGAAGGGCAAUGCUUCUGUGCCACCCACUCAUGCAAAUCAGUGCUCCAAGUGUGAGCAGAGCUUCCCAGCCGGCUUGAACCACUCCGGGAAGAAGCCCUUUGCCUGCACUGACUGUGGCAAGAGCUUCCGCCACGGCUCCAGCUUCUUCCAGCACCGCCGUGUCCACACUGGCGAGAGUCCACACAUCUGUGGUGACUGCGGCAAGAGCUUCCAGGGGAACUCAAUGCUCAUCGCUCAUGGGCACAUUCACACACGUGAGAAGCCCUUUACCUGCAGUGACUGUGGCAAGAGCUUCAGUGUCAGCUGCCACUUCUUCCGACACUGCCGUGUCCACACUGGUGAGAAGCCCCACCUCUCCAAGGGCCAUGGGCUGUGUGGAGGCGAAAACAAGCCACUGGCCACAGAAGUCCUUGAGGCCCAGCAGAGCUCUGAUCAGGGCUCAGACACAGUAAAGCAGAAGGAAACUUGCACUGGCGAGAGGCCAGAUGUCCGUGCUGACUGCAGCAAGAGCUUCACCAAGCGCCGCCAUGUCCGCAUUGGCAAGAAGUCCCUGACCUGCACCGACUGUGGAAAGAGCUUCAAACAGAGGUCCCAUCUCACCCAGCAUCGCCGCACCCACACCGGAGAGAAGCCCUAUACCUGUGGUGACUGCAACAGGAGUUUCACUGGCAAGUUCUCCCUCACCCAGCACCGCCUCACUCACACUGGUGAGAAGCCCUACACCUGCACUGACUGUGGCAAGAGCUUCCGCCAAACCUCCACCCUUAACCGGCACCGCAUUGUCCAUACUGGUGAGAGGCCAUACCACUGCACUAAAUGCAACAAGAGCUUCAGCUUCAGCUCCAAUCUCAACCAGCACCUACGUGAACACACGGGCAAGAAGCCCUUCACCUGCACUGACUGUGGCAAGAGCUUCACCCGUAGGUUUGAUCUCACCAAACACAGUCGCACCCACACCAGUGAGAAACCUGAGAAGACUUACGCCUGUCCUGACUGCAGCAAGCAGUUCAUCCACAAGUCUUCCCUCACCCAGCACCGCCGUGUCCACACCGGUGAGAAGCCCAUCUUCACCUGUGCUAACUGUGCCAAGAAAUUCAGCAGCAGAUCCACCCUCAACCGGCACCACCGCACCCAGGCUUGUGAAAAGUCUGUGGCAGGGAGCACAUAA